CGGAGCGGAUCCGCCGUGUCCAGCGCGCUGUAAAUCAGUGCAGGUUUUAUAAACUUGCCCUCGUUCUCCCACUUCCGUCUCUUGCCCACGACUCACUCAUUCAACUCAACACCCUCAGCCAUGAAAGAUACUAUUGCGUGUGACGUUGGCGUCGUUGGCGCGGGGAUUAUCGGCCUCGCAUCUGCCCUGGAUCUGGUGCAGGCUGGGUACCGUGUGGCCGUGGUAGCCCGGAACCUCCCCGGGGACAAGACAACCGAGUGGAGCAGCCCAUGGGCUGGUGCUGCAAUGCUGCCGUCGCAGACAGACGACGUGACAGACAUUGAGAUGCAGCGGAAGAGCUUUCAAAAGUACAUGGCACUGGCACAUGAAGAUCCAGCAACGGGCGUACAGAUGGUCAAGGUGACCGAAUACUGGGAUGACAAAGACAAGCGGGUGAACCCAUGGUAUUCCGUGGUCCCCGAUUUUGAGUCACUCGCGGCUUCGGAACUACCUCCCGGCACAAAAGGAGGCAACAGGUUCACCUCUACAACAAUCAACCCCGACCUACUGCUACCUUGGCUGCAAAGCAUACUCGAAAAGCGCUUCGGGGUGGUGUUUAUCAAAGACACAAUUCCAUCCCUGAAGCACGCUGCCCAACGUCUCCGCUGCAAGGCCAUCGUCAACGCCUCGGGGCUGGGAGCGUUCUACCUAGCAGGCGACGAGAAAGUCGUCGGCAUCAGGGGACAGACCCUGCUGAUCAAGAGCUCCGCGGUUUCCCCCGACCUGGACCGGCAAGUCCGCAUCCGGCGCGGCAACGAGUACACCUACGUGAUCCCGAGGAUGUCGCAGGGGGUCGUGAUUGGCGGGAUCGAGGACUUCCAGAGCAGGGAUACUGAGGUGGACGCAGCGCUGCGGCAGGAUAUUGUCCGAAGGGUGGAUAUCAUGACGGGCGGGCGGUUCCGAGGCAUCGAUCUGGAGCGGGAUGUGGUCCGGGAUAUUGUCGGCUUCCGGCCCGGGCGUGAGGGUGGGUAUCGGAUUCAGCGGGAGGGAAACGUGGUUCAUGCCUACGGGUUUGGUGGGGCGGGAUACAGAUAUAGUUGGGGUGCGUCGUCGAAGGUGGUCGAGCUGGUGGAUGAACUUGGCCUAGGCAAGGGGUCGAAGCUGUAAUCUUGACGAGCAAGUCAUCUCAUUAGGUUCAAUUCCAAAGC